GUUCUGUUAACUAUCUUGGAUGGAAAACUAAAAAAGAUGAAAAUAAAUCAACAAACACCUUGAUGAUUUUUUAUGACUUACUGAAAAUGGAAAAUAUCGAGUCUAACAAAUACAUACAAGAAACAAAAGUGAUAUUAAUGUUUGGCGAUGGACCUGGUUUUGUUCUGGUGAAGGCUGCUACCAAAGAUCAUGUAGUAGGAUCAGCAAAUACAUGGAAACAUGUUAUGCUUUCUGAGGUUGAAAUGGAAUUUCCAAUACGCAUGUCUAUUAAAGUACGUGAUCUUGCAAUUACAAACCAUCAAGCAGAUAAGCAAACAAUAAAAGAAAUAAAAAUGAAACUUCUCAUACCACAUAAUG